GGUGAGCUGAAGGCGUUCCCUGGUGCUGGACGUCUCGCGAGCGAAGGCGGGACUCGUCGCGCGGACGCAGCGUGGUGUGCACGGGAAGUGGUCCGCGUGCACGAUAUUGGAACGUCAGGAGGAGCCCGCUGAGCGUGGACUCGUAUAAAGUGGUCCCACCCGCCGAGAAACUGUCCCGGUUGACAGCAGCAGCAUCAGCAGCAACAGCAGGUGGCUGAUGGUGGUGGUGGUGAGGCUACCCGCAGAGGACGCGCGCGACGGGAGGAGGGAGAUUUCCCAGCAGUUGUCAGCACGCGAGAAAGAUGCCACCGCUCCGGGUCACCUCGCAAUACCCCGGCCGUUCAAACAAUCAAUCGCGCAGCAGCAAGUGAAAGCAUUAGGGACUACUUCACGCGACGAACGCUGUUGCCAUGUGUUAGUUAGUUGCAGUGCGCGUCCGGGGUUUUUUGUUGUUUUUUUGUUGUUAUUGUUGUUGUUUUAAACCCACGCCGAGCUGGGAAGAGGAACCGUGGUGGGCUCCGCGACGUGGAGCGGGGGGGUGGGGGAAGGGGGCUGGGGGAGGCUGCACCAUGAGGCUGAGCUUCGUGUCGCUCGUUCUGCUGGCGUGGGACUGCGCGCAAUGCGCCGCCGCCACCGCCGCCGCUCGUGCGCAACGCGCUCACGGCAUCAUCCCGGCGCGGGGAGGACGGCGCGGGCGAGCAGCGGCGGCUGGGGCAGCGGCGGCCGUGGUGAGCGCGUCCUGUCCCAGGGGCUGCCGCAGCUGCUCGGAGGUGAACGGCUGCCUGAGCUGCGAGCAGCGUUACUUCUUCUUCCUGGAGCGCAAGGGCAUGCGGCAGCAGGGCCGGUGCACUGCCGCGUGUCCCCAGGGGCACUACGAGCAGCGAGAGCCCUCCAUCAACAGGUGUGCAAAAUGCAAAGUGGACCACUGCAGCAGCUGCUUCGCCAGAAGUUUUUGUACAAAAUGUACAUCUGGAUAUUAUUUGCACCUGGGAAAAUGUUCAAGCACCUGCCCAGAAGGUUUCGCUGUGGACAGCCAAAGCAUGGAAUGCAUAAAUGUCGUCGAGUGUGAGGUGGGGCCCUGGAGUGAGUGGGGGCCCUGCACGAAGAACGGCAAGCCGUGCGGCGGCAAGCGGGGCACCCACCACCGCGAGCGGACCAUCGCACGGGAGCCCUCCCUCCACGGCCGCCCGUGCCCGGCCGUGCGGGAGAGCAAGCGCUGCAGGCUCCAGCGCCGCCAGUGCGCAAAGAAGGAGGGGGCCGCCUCGGAAACGGCUUCAGAAAAACCCCAAGAAAGGAAAGAGGUAGGCCACAAAGGACGGGGGAAGAAAAAAAAUGGACAGCGUAAAAAAAACAGGAAGGCGGUAACUGCAAGACCGCCUGCCACAAGCAAGGAGACCUAAGACGCCUCCUGGAGUCCAGCUGCAACAAAGCCAAGAUUCCAAAACCGUUGCAGAUCCACCAAGAAGUCAAGAGAGAUCUGCGCCUUUGUAUUUAUAACUGACGUUGUAAUCAUCGCGAACGAUGCACACCAGAAACUUUGACGGUAAUUGAAUCGAACUCCUACAAGGUUACCUUCAACAUCAACCCUCGCCAACUUGUCGGCAUUACAUUCCGUAAAAAAAGUUAAUGUUUGACAAAGAUACGAAAUCUAUUACUCUUUUUGUUGUUGUUGCCAGCUUCGUCAUCGCAAGCCACGACUGUCAUGCAACAGCCAAUAGUCUUGACAGGGUCCACUGAUGUAUGGGUCACAUUUGCCACAAUCGCUUGGGUGCGAAUUCCUGAACAAUGGCGAAAUCACCGGCAACGUAAACAACAGAGUCGGCAGAGCGCGAGAUGCCGACCACGCGAGACCGUGGCCAAGAAAUGGACCGGCGCCGCAUGUCGAUCAGCGCACUUUUUUGUAUCCUUCCGACGAGGACGGUGCGAGCUUUGUGAGUGGCGGCGCCGCGUGGACAUCUGAGGGACGAUCGCGAGCGCCGGCAAGAGGACAACGCGUGAAGCGAUUCUACGGGCGGAGGGACGAGCAGAAAGAGGAGUGCCAUCCCUGUUCAUUUUGACGUUUCGCAUUUUAAUGUUAAAAAAAACCUAGUUUUUACUUUGCCACGGAAAAAAAACUGCCGUUAUUUAAACAGCCUGAAGCAUUAGUCACUGCUUCCUUCAUAGUAAUAUAAUAAUAAUUUACAGUCAGUUGUGUCAAUCCACUGCUGGAUAAAAGCCUCCCCGUGCCACGCAUGUCAUGGCGGCUGCUUGAUCAUGCUUCACCACGCUUGUCAGUGCCGGGGUUGGCGAAGGCUCUUUCACGGCCGUGUUACUGGCAGAACAACGUGGUGGGUUUCUGUUGGGCAGUGCUUGUACACCGGCCUCUUAAUAGCUGUGCUCAAAAGUGCUCUCCAUUGCAUUCGUUUUAACAAAACACACUCCACCAACUGCCAAGUGCUGAUGGACGUCACAAUGGUGGACACACGUUGGGGCGUGUUGCAGCAGCUGACCACAUCCUGGCAGUUUCCUCUUCUCCCCCCCCCCUCUCCUGGGAUGGUAUUGCAACGUGGCUGCGUAGGUGAUCCGUUUGAGCGUUCCUCCAGAAAACUGGACGUGGCAUCCUUGGGUGUCACCCGCGUCGGCUGCGCUGGUGUCCAUAUCGAGUCCAAAGGGUGCCGUGGUGGCGAGAUGUUAACUACCUCGCCUGGUAUGCGGGAGCUCGUGGGUUCGAUCCUGACCCUGACGUAUAUUUGGAGUUUGCAUGUCUCUCUCCUCGUGGUCGUGUGGAUUUUUCUCCGGGUCCUCAACAUUUAGAAUCAACAUCACGCGUUUCGAGUAUUUGGCUGCUAUAAAUGUCCACACUGAUGAUAAGCCACUUCAUUGAGCUAUCAUUUGUGAUAGCCAGGUCUCUUCUGAAAAAUAGUUAUAUAGCUCAGUGGGCCUUACCUUCAGCUUAGUUUUCAGUUUCAGACGACAUGCAGCCAAGCCAGGCCAAGUUGACCCCUUUUCCCCACUGGCAUAUUCGAGCAGAGCCAGCACGUGACCCCCACGGCACAGGUGGUUACUUACCGGCUUGUUAUCGAGCAGAGCCAGCAGAAUCAAACCAUGAAACUCGAAACCUUUGCAAGACUCCAAAGAAUGGAUCCGGGCCAAGCAGGAUCAGGGGGCGGGGCUAAUUACACAUUCAAAUCGCUGAUGACGUCAACGCACGGCUCGGCUUCUGCGGUGCAAAACAAACCGGCGCCUCCCGAGCCGCGCCAGGCUGGCUGGGCCCCAGGGUGGCUCGGUUGUACAGUGGAGAACACGAGGUAGUUGUGUCCCCACGAACCCUGUGGCCCUCAUCCAGCUCUCCCACUUCCUGUACUCCUCGCUCCCCACUACACCACUUCCCCACGGCUCGCGUUGUCAGGAUAUAUAUUUGUUUUAACUAUUAAUCAUUGUUAUUUUAACAGGUAAGGCGCCCUGAGUUAUGUAGCUCUUUUUUAGAAGCGACCUGGCCACGUAGGAUAGCUCAACAACGUGGCUUUAUCGCGUGGAAUUGUAUGUUUCCAAACGUGGACGGAAAAACCGGAGGACCAAGAGAAAAAUCCACGCU